CGAUAUUCCCAAUUUACAUUUCUCAUUAAACACGGGAAGGUUGUUCCAAACGACGCCGUUUAUCCUGGUCCAAAACAAGAGCUAGAACCCCUUCAUCCUUCAGAUUACGUCACCGCCGCAACGCCAUAGUUGCCGGCGAGCGAUUUCUGGGUUUGUUAUUUUCGUCUCAAAGUUUCGAUCUUUACCCUCGAUAUGACGAAGGGGACAAACUCAAAGAUGAACAUCGCAAUAAUUCACCCAGAUCUUGGCAUAGGUGGAGCUGAGAGAUUAAUUGUUGAUGCUGCUGUUGAGCUUGCAUCCCAUGGUCAUAAAGUUCAUAUUUUCACUGCACAUCAUGAUAAAAAUAGAUGCUUUGAGGAAACUGUUUCUGGUACUUUUCCAGUUACUGUAUAUGGUUCCUUUCUUCCAAGGCAUAUAUUCUACCGUCUUCAUGCGUUGUGUGCAUAUCUUCGGUGUCUUUUUGUUGCUUUCUGUGUACUUUUCAUGUGGCCCUCGUUUGAUGUGAUACUGGCAGAUCAAGUGUCUGUAGUUAUUCCCAUCUUGAAACUUAAAAGGUCAACAAAGGUUGUAUUCUACUGUCAUUUCCCGGACUUGUUACUGGCUCAACAUUCAACUUUCAUUAGGAGGAUGUAUAGGAAACCGAUAGACUACGUAGAAGAAAUAACAACUGGAAUGGCUGAUUUGAUAAUUGUUAAUAGCAACUUUACUGCAUCUACUUUUGCAAAUACUUUUAAGCAUUUAGACACUAAAGGGAUUCGACCAGCUGUUCUAUACCCAGCAGUCAAUGUGGAUCAGUUCAAUGAACCCAGUUCCUUUAAACUGAAUUUUCUUUCCAUCAACCGCUUUGAAAGGAAGAAGAACAUACAAUUAGCAAUUUCAGCUUUUGCUAUGCUUCAUUCGCCUGAAGAAGCUCAUAAGCAUAAAGAAAUUACUAAUGCUUCUUUGACCAUUGCAGGUGGCUACGAUAAACGGUUGAAGGAGAAUGUAGAAUACUUAGAAGAGCUUAAAGAUUUAGCUGAAAAGAAAGGAGUCUCUAAUAAAAUAAGAUUCAUCACAUCUUGCUCUACGGCCGAAAGGAACGUACUUCUUUCAGAAUGCCUGUGUGUCCUUUACACACCAAAGGAUGAGCACUUUGGCAUUGUUCCUUUGGAGGCAAUGGCAGCUUAUAAACCUGUUAUUGCAUGCAACAGUGGUGGCCCUGUGGAGUCCAUAAAAGGUCGUGUAACAGGAUUCCUUUGUGAUCCAACACCAGAAGAGUUCGCUUUAGCAAUGGCGAAGCUCGUAGAUGAUCCUCAGGAUGCUGAAAGAAUGGGCAGAGAAGCUAGGAGACAUGUCGUUGAGUCAUUCUCUACAAAGACUUUUGGGCAGCGUCUAAAUAGAUAUCUAUUUGACAUUCACCGCGGAAAGGAGGAUUGAGUUUUAACCUCAGAAUGAUUUUGCUCUCAAAUCAUCAAGUGCAAUUGGUGACCAUUCAUCUUGCUGUUCAGAUUUUAGUUGACUUAGUUAUAAUUUUUAUUUUUUAUACUGUGUAAAUCUUAAUUACAGAGAUAAUGACAUGUUCAUUGUUCUGAGGCUUUCUCUUGGAUAUUUUCUGACAAUACACAGAUAUUUUAAAAUU